AUGGCCUCUGCAUCAAACAAAGACGUUUCCCGAGAUCAGCUGUCUACAGUUCGCCCUGAGCUAAUCAAAAGAACAACUGGAGCUGUUCUCAAAGGUCUCUUGGAUAAACUUCAAGCCCACAGCCCUCCUGUGAUAAAUAAUGAAGAGGCAGGAGAGAUCCUGCAGAGAUCCAGUGUGGAGCAGGACCAAGUCAGGUCCCUGGUUGACGUGGUGGUUAAGAAGGGAAACAAAGCAUGUGAAAUUUUGCUAUCGUACCUUAAAGAACUGGACAUAUAUCUCUACCAAGACCUUGACAUAGCUCCACUCACUGACCAAGGACGAGAUGGGACAGAGAUGUCUUUACUGAAACAAACUGUUCAGUCCAUCUUCAGAGAGAAGUUUCUUCUCAUAGCUCAAGAUCUGGAAACAGGGAAGAAACAAAAACUGCAGGACAUCUUCACUGACCUUUGUAUCAUAGAAGGUCCCAGAGGCGUCAACGAUGAACAUGAAUUGUCAGGAAUGCGACCAAGACUGAAUGAGACCAGGACCACCUCUACGAACAUCAAGACAGUCAAGUUGUCCGAUAUAUUUUCUGACCACUAUGUCACGGGAAAACCUGUCAAAAAGGUCUUGACCCUGGGAAUAGCAGGAUCAGGGAAAACAUUUGCCGUGCAAAAGUUUGUUUUGGACUGGGCAGAGGAAACUCAAAACCAAAAUAUACACCUGGUUUUUGUGCUUCCUUUUAGACAAUUAAACAUGCACACUGACAAAGAUUACAGCCUUUUUGACCUUCUGCAGAAACUGUACCCCGACUGUGAAGAGCUAAUCAAAGCCUUUGGAAACAGAAAAGAUUUAAUUCUUUUCAUCUUAGAUGGUCUGGAUGAGAGCAGACUGGAACUCUUCAAAACGUCCACCAGUGACCCAACGAAAAAAACCUCAAUUGCAGAGCUUAUUACAAGUCUGAUCACAGGUGACCUGCUAUCAUCUGCACUUAUCUGGGUGACAUCAAGACCUGCAGCUGCCAACAAAAAACUGCAAGAUCGCUUUGACCUUGUGACAGAAAUUCAAGGUUUCAGUGAACGCCAAAGAGAGGAGUAUUUUGAAAGGGUCAUCCCAGGGAGGGCUGAAGAAAUCAUAGCACACCUGAAAUCAAAAAGAAGCCUCUUCAUAAUGUGCCAUAUUCCAGUUUUCUGUCAUAUCACAGCAGUUGUGCUUGGUGGAGAUAAAGGAGAGUCGUGCCUCUCCAGCAAGGAGACACAACUGAGCAGGAAAAAGCCAGAACAUCAUCAAGGGAUGCCUAAAACCUUAACGGAAAUGUAUGCUCGCUACUGUGUUCUUCAAAUCAGAAGAAUGAAUGAUAAGUACUUCAAGGAAGAAGACGAGAUGUGUGCGGAGGACAAAGGGGCCCUCCUCAUUAAACUUGGCAAACUGGCAUUCAAAUAUUUGGAGAAAGACACUCUAAUAUUUUACAAGAAGGACCUGCAUGAAUGUGACAUUGAUGUGGAAUCGGGAGCAUUGCAGGCAGGACUUUGUACGCAGAUCUUCAAAAAGGAAAACGCGGAAUGUGGAGAAAGCAUGUUCAGUUUUGUACACCUCAGUGUGCAGGAAUUCCUGGCAGCGCUUUACAUGAUCCACAUGCAUGCAACUGGCCAGACUAAUCUCUUCAUCACUACUUCCAUGCAAAAGUUCAAGUGGUGGUUCAACAAGUCGAGGUUCAACCUCUACAAGGUUUGUCUGAAAAAGGCACUACAGAGUCAGAAUGGAAAUUUUGAUCUUUUUGUGCGCUUCCUUCUUGGACUGGCUCCGUUAUUGGAACCAGAAAUCAAGCCCCCCCUGGAUGCAAUUCUACCACAUCUGUCAAAGGAUGUCAAGGAAAUGAGCAUCACCAAAACAGUUGAUUACAUCAAACGGCAGAUCAACAAGACAAACUCAUCAGCACGGAUCAUCAACCUAUUCCAUUGCUUGAAUGAGCUUGGGGACAACUCGAUGGUUGAAGAGAUUGACAGAUACAUGAGCUCAUCCGCAGAGAAGAACCUGACACCGGUCCAGUGCUCAGCUCUGGCUUAUCUUCUGCUUAUGUCAGCUGAGGUCCUGGAGGAGUUUGAUCUGAAGAAGUAUCUCAGAUCAGAGGAAGGGCUGUAUAGAAUGCUUCCUGUUAUUUGCAUUUCCCAACAAGUUCUGUUAAAUCAGUGUCAUCUCUCUAAAGAAAGCUGUGUAUUGCUGGCAUCUACUGUUCAAGGUCUGCAUUCCAAUCUGCAAAAGCUGGACAUGAGUGACAAUGACCUGCAGGAUGAAGGAGUGGAGCUUCUCUGUGAGGGACUGAAAGCCCCACAAUGCAAACUGGUUACACUGAGGUUAAAUCAGUGUCAUGUCUCCAAAGCAAGCUGUGGAAUGCUGGCAUCUGCUCUUCAGGUGUCACAUUCCAAUCUGCAGAAAUUGGACAUGAGUGAUAAUUUGCUUCAGGAUGAAGGAGUGGAGCUGCUCUGUGAGGGACUGAAAGUUCCACAAUGCAAGCUAGUGAAAUUGAGGCUCUCAUUUUGUCUCAUCUCAGAGAAGGGUUGUGCAUUUCUGGCUGCAGCUCUGACCUCAAACCCAUCCCACCUUAAAGAGAUGGAUCUGAGCUAUAAUCAUCCUGGAGAGGUGGGACUGAAGGUUUUAUCUGCUAGACUGGAGGAUCCACAAUGUAAACUGGAGUUACUGAAUACACAGCACUGUGGAAAGAUCAGAUUGACAGCAGAUGUGAGGAGAUAUGCUUUUGAUGUCACUCUGGACCCAAACACAGCACACAUGCUUCUCUCUCUCUCUGAAGGAAACAGAAAGGUUACCCGUGUGGGCAAGGAGCAGCCGUAUCCUGACCACCCAGACAGAUUUGACUCCUUGUCUCAGGUGUUGUGUAGAGAGGGUCUGUCUGGACGCUGCUACUGGGAGGCUGAGUGGAGUGGGGAUGAUGGGAUUCAUAUAGGUGUGGCCUAUAAAAGCAUUGAAAGAAAAGGGUAUAGUGGUGAUGUCAUAUUGGGACAGAAUACCAAGUCCUGGUCACUCCAAUGCUCUACUGUCAGUUACUAUGUCUGGCACAAUAAGAAACGCACUGACAUAACUGCCCCCUCCUCCCGCUCCAGCAGAGUAGGAGUGUACCUGGACUGGCCAGCAGGCACUGUGUCCUUCUACAGCGUCUCCUCUGACACACUCACACACCUGCACACGUUCCACUCCACCUUCACUGAGCCCCUCUAUCCUGGGUUUUGGGUUUGGGAACGCUCGUCAAUGUCCCUUUGUCAGAUCACAUGAUCUCCUCGUGCUAACACACCACAUAUGCAUUCGCACACGCACACGCACACGCACACGCACACACUUAUGCACAGCCAGACAUGUUUCGCAAAACCCUAAGCAUUUGUGUUUUUGGCGUUGCAUAAUUCCAUUGUAUAAUUCCACAUUUUUACAGUACAGUACAGUACUGCAAAUCCAUUUUUUGUUCAUCAUGUAACAUGAAAGUAUGUAGCAAACCUUGCACUGUUACAUGUUUUGCACAUGUCAGAAUGGCUGUACUUUAGUGUAUUGGGGUUACCAUUUCAACAUGAAAAUUGAGCGUUGAGCUCAUUAUGAUAUUGUCAUUAUACUGAGUCAAUAGACUUCUGCUUUACAGGUGGUCUCUUAUUAGACUGGUGUCUCUGAUAACAAUAGAAUACUGUGUAGAAUGAUGAACAGUACAAAUUCAUGUAGCCUAUAGAAUUAAUGCUCCUUAUCCUCCAAGUAUGUUGUGUAUUCUGUACUCUGAUUACAAAUGCAUUUUUUUGUGUGAUAUUAAUUCCUGCGGAAUUCUGUGCAGUUCUGCAAACUCAUAGGCCUGUAUAUUUUUAUGAUGUUAAGUCAUUAAGUAUUCUUGUUACCCUCCAAGUAUGUAGUAUAUACUGUGCUGUCUUACAAAUGUAUUUUAUACACACGUGAAAGGAAAAAUGGCUGAUAUGAAACAAUUUUAAUGUAAUGUGAGUACAGCUGUAAAUAAAGUGUUUUGUAAUUACACAUUUCAACGGAAAUUAAAUGGAUUCGCAAUAUUAUUGCAGCCUACAGUGUUGCUUUCAGAAGAAAACCAAUGUAAUGUU